AUGCAAGUCGCAACUUUGUCGUCUGUGUACUUCCUGGUACGUUGCGCGAUCUCUCAAUACGCGACAGAGAUUUCUCACACCAAGGUAGAUCCCAAGCCCCAUACCACAGCCCCCACUACUGCGGUUCCUACGACUUUGCCACCUUCCGAAGCGUCAAGUGCGACUUGGUACUGUCGGGCAACGUCUCAUUACUGGAUCGUAGACACGGGCGAAAUUGUCGGUGUCUCGGCGGCGGCAGUCGUGCUCGUCCUUGUGGUCGGCGUGUGGUGUCUCUGGAAGCGGCGCAAGCCAGCACCGCCUACCCUCGACCCCUUGUACUAUCGGUAUUCCACGCGAGGGACGCAGGACGACACGGCAACUGUAAACCACACGGGCUUACCAACCGACUCGAUUCCGUCAGAUGACAAGUCGCGGCAUUACGCCAACGUCGAACUCGAGAGCCUCCGUAUGCUUCGCCUCGAACCCAGUGACCUCCAAGUCAUUGGCAAAUCGCCCAUGGCUACCGGCGCGCAUGGCGAAGUCUGGCUCGGGACGUACGCGGGCCAGCCAGUUGCGAUCAAGCGCACCAAAGACAAGUCGGCGAAAGCGAUUGCCAAAAUGUCGACCGAGAUCCUCCUCAUGUCCCGUAUCAACAGCCCGUACACCGUGUCGCUGAUUGGUGCGAGCUGGCUGCGCCCGAUCGACCUUGAGUGCGUCGUCGAGUACAUGGACCGCGGCGAUCUGCGUUCGUUCUUGUCGUCGACGUCGCCAACUGCGUUUACGUGGACGCAAAAACAAGAGAGCAUCGCGCACGUCGUCCAAGGUCUUGUGUACCUCCACACGUUUGAAACACCGAUCAUCCACCGCGAUCUCAAGUCCCGGAAUGUCCUCCUCGACUCCAAGAAGGGUACGAAGCUCACGGACUUUGGCGAGUCGCGCGAGUUGGACGAAGACACGCUUACGAACGGCAUUGGCACGUACCAGUGGAUGGCGCCCGAGAUCUUUACGGGCCACGACUACUCGACAGCGGCGGAUGUCUACUCGUUCGGGGUGCUGCUUUCGGAGUACUCGACACACCGCGUACCGUACGCCGACAUGAUCAACCCGCGCACCAAGAAGCCAAUGAACCAGCAGUUUAUCAUGGCGCAAGUGAUUUCGGGCACGAUUACUCCAACGUUCGACACGGACAACACGCCGGCGUGGGUCCUGGAUUUGGCGCAGCAGUGUCUUGCGUUCAACGCGGAGGACCGUCCAAGCAUGCUGCAGAUCGUCAACAUCGUUCUCAAGGCGACAACAGCGCAACCAUAA